UACCAAACCUUGAAGAAUCUCUCUCUAUUGGUUCACCAUCAUCCACUUUCUAAUCCACCUCAACUUACUUUACAAAAUACACGAGCCUAUCCUGUACAAUUAUUUUUGCUCCUCAGCAGGUCCUGCAGGUAGCAAGCAAGCGUUGUCGGUAUUUACACUGAAGCAGAUCUUUCUAAUUUUUGGGGUCGAGGCUUUUGCCUGGAAACCUGCAUUUCUUCCUCGCAUUGACAUUUAUCGGAUGUGUUUCACAUUUCCCCCCGUUUCCUCCUAAAGCGAAUCUCCAAAUCUUUUCCAUUCCAGCAGACAGCAUAGCAUAUAGCAUAUAGCAUACACCAUCUGGUUCUCAAAGCAGCACUUGGAACAGUUAUGCUCAAUAUGUCUGCCGGCCACGUAAUAGGCAAUCGCAACAGCACUCCUGUCGAGUCUACCAAUACUUCAUCACUACGGCCUCCAUCUUCACGCGCUGUCGGCUCAGGCCAUCAUCUUCGAGCUUCUGCAGACAUGGCCGCAUUUUCAGGUUCACCCUCUGCCAGCCGUGGUCAAGCCAGGCCUUCAUCCGAUUUCUAUGGUACUCAACAAAUCCAAAGUCAGGGCGUCUCUGACAAUGAUGCUUCUGACUCGAUGGCUCAACAAUGGAUCGCCGACAUUGAUCAAUAUGAGAACACGUUGGAAGAAAUGGCAGCCGCAACUUUGGAUCAAGACUUUAAGGAUGAGUUGAGCGCGAUAGAACAAUGGUUCAGAGUCCUGAGUGAAGCCGAACGAACCGCUGCUCUGUAUGCUCUACUGCAACAGACAACCCAAGUACAGAUUCGUUUCUUUAUACAAGUCUUACAGCAGAUGGGCAAAGGACAUCCUAUGUCAGGUGUAUUGUCGCCCGCAAACUUCGAUAAAGGUUCGUCUUAAUAUCCGGGCUUCACAUGUCUCGUGAGAUUUAUCUAAUUAAUUAUUUGCUUCAGACCCUAUGUCAAGUCGACUCAACGAUGCAAUGAACAAAACAAAUGUUGAUGGCUCAAGAAAUUCUAUUGGUCGUCCUCCCGCUACUCCAUCUACGAAGAGACUCUCAGCGCUAGAUCCAUCUGUUAUAAAUAGCAUGUUUCCAGAUGCCGCUGCUGCCAUCGCCACCAAAAAGGCAGAAUAUACCCAGAAAAUGGGCAAUCCUCCCACCUCAAACAGAAAUAGUGCAGCAUACGAUAACCGUGUUUCUCUCACCGCACCUCUCAUCUCUGGUCCCGGAGAUUCAGCAGAUAACAACGCACCUCCCGUCUCGCCUUGGGGAUCUCGCAGUAAUGAUCAGGCAAACAGGCCCAAGUCAUCUUCAGGACAAACACCAAUGGGCCAGUUUAUGCAGCCACCUCCUUCGGCUGGCGGCUUGCGCUCUCCCAGACCAAGUCAAAUCCAAGGAUCAUCUAACCUCCAAAGUACUGUGAUUAACGCCCCAGAUAAUACUGGCUCUGAUAUGCCACUACUUUCACCAUAUAAUGCAGGGAAUGGAAACUGGGCCUCGAUGGUCAACACACCAAUGGUCCCCAACUUCAAUGCGGCAGGCAGCAACAGUCAAGCUGAUAUGGUCGCAAACGCUACGGCCAUGAAAUUGGCGGCUCUUUCCACAGUUAAUAAUCGUUUUGCUUUGGAUGACGUACGAAAGUACCGCCGUGCUAGGUCCAACGAUGGUGGACAGAUUCCACCUUCCCCUGGUCUCCACAAUAAUAUGCCCAAUGCAAACGUGGUCAUGAUUAAUGAACACGGUCAGAUAUUGAGUCGAGACCAGGUUCUAGGGCUUCAAGCUCAACAGCAGCAUUCUUUUGGAGGCAGGCAGUCUAGGCCAAGCUCCCCAGGAGUAGCCAUGCAAGGUGGAUUUGGUCAACUCAAUUUCGCAUCUCCACAAAAUAACGGCUUUCUGACGGCGUACGAUGGAGUUUCGCCCCUACUCAACAAUGGCAUGGCUAACUUAAGUCUCAACGCAUUUGGCAUGGGGCAGCACGAAGGGUAUCUCUCCGAUCAUAGUGAAAUGCCGCGGGGCAGGUCGCCACGAGGAAGACGGGGUAGCUCAAAGCCUCCCGAGGAUCCUACUGAUCCUAGCCUUCUCCAGGAUAUUCCCAGCUGGCUGAGGAGUUUGAGAUUGCACAAAUAUACCGAUCAACUUAAGGAUAUGAAUUGGACCGAACUUGUGGAACUAGAUGACGAAGCAUUGGAGAAGAGGGGUGUCAACGCUCUUGGAGCGAGAAGAAAGAUGCUCAAAGUCUUCGAGCAAGUAAAGGGUAAGAAUCCUGUGGUCAUUUCGAGAGUGAAGCUAACGUGAUUUUAGCCGCAAGAGCGGAGGGCAAGCUCUCAUAAUUGCUUCCAUUCUCUUCAUUUCUUUCACGCGAAUAUAGCAUAGCAUGAUUGUUUUGAGUUCUGAAUUGUAUUUGAAUAUGGGAAUAUGCAAGCAGCGGUUUGGUCAUUCAUACGGUAUAAAGAAAUGUGGGAUAUGGAUGAUGUUGGAUUCAUUCCAAGACAUACACGCGGACAGCUUGGAUCUUGAAAUGCAUAAUUUAAAAUCAUAUCUUGACAUAAGAGGAGUGGUCAAGUCCUUCUCAAAUAGUGAUAAUCACUUCAGUGAAGACGAAGAGUAAUCUUUUGUUGUACGUUCUUAUAAUUUAUUCUACACAGGCAACCCCUAGAAUAACUCUUCCACCUGUGCUGAAAGCCGGAUAGAUUGAUAUUUUUACCUUACGCC